GAACCCCCCCCCCCCAAAAGUCAAUCGCGCCUCGUAUCGGCUGGUUGGGUCUGAAAUCACUUUGGUCGCGGCGCAGGGAAAGAGUCAGGCCACUGCGACUCCACACACAGGGAAGCAAGAUGGAGACAAUCUGUUGACCGGAGCGGACGGACCAUUUGACAAGUGAACGAGCGCUCUCAUCCUAUGCUGUCCCACUUUCCGCGGACCUAACAACAAAAGAGAAAAGCCCCUCUUCCACCCGGAUGUUCGCCUCCCUGGCCACUUCAACCUUAUCCAUCGUGAUUCUUGCCUGAUACCCGCAGCAGAUCGAUUCUGGAUAAGCGUGAUCGAAGAUCACUCUCUUCGACUUGCCUGCUCGAUUCAACCUGUCGUCCACAAGUACUCUGUGGCGCCGUAACCGAGAUGAGAUCCCGAGCAGCGCGUGAAGCGGCAUGCCAAUGUCUCAAAGAUGACUUACAAUCAUCGGUUCGCGACACACAAGUCGAGACUAUCUAGAGUUGCUAGGACCGAUGCUCUUCGCAGCUCAUCCAUCAGGUGUUGAUUUUUUUUGGCUCCGCGACGACUGUACGCGUGUACGUCGGACCGGGAAAGCCUGAAACUCCAGCAUUACGAUAGACUCGUUUCGGCGUCUCCCCAGGGCCGGGGUGGCCUUUUUCUGGAGCUUGCGACCGACCUAACUUGACCAGUUUACCUAGGGCAGGCUCUCUCAUCGCAGCCCGCGAAUCGAAGAGUACCGACUCUAUUCCUAAAACAUCAAGUGUGUAAAGCCAUCAGUUCUCUCCCGUCCGUACUCGAAAGGUUUGAGAUGUCGCGGUCUUUGCCUCACACUUGAACUUGAGGUGUUUGCGCUGGGAAUAGACCAACUUCAGACAUCGCUAAUCGUCGUUUCGGCUACUGCGCAGUCUUGCUGGGUUUCCUUAAUGGGGGUAGUUCUCAAUGUCAAAAGACACUUGACAGAAUCUUUCUCUCGAUUCGUCUUUGUUGAUGUCCACUUCUCUAGUGCUUGCUGCGCGUCCUGGUGAUCAGCGAACAGUGUCUCUACGCCGUCUCAGCGGUCAGACUGCGAAGAUUGUCUUCGUCGCGGAGAACAUCCACUAGAUUCAGAGGUGAGGCCAUCUCUUCGACAGUUGGUUCGUUGGAUCCAUGGAUCGAGAUUGCUUACACAUCUGAGCUGCCACCUGAUGGGGCGAUGCCAACCCUCAACAGGUCGUCCUGCUGGGUUGGCAUUGAGUUCGAUUCAUGUAUGAGAGCAAGUUGAGCACUGCCCAUGUUUUGACUGGCAAUGGUUUUGGCCUGAAACAUGGGUCUCAAAGGACAAAGCGGCCGAGUUGAUCACUGUCCGCUCACUUCUAGUUUCGGACGGCGUUGGUUCCAUUCAAUGCCCAAAGUCAUGUUCCCCGAAUUUUGCGUCAGGAUUGCCAUUACAAGAGAAUGGAUACUGGCGAUCACAUCAGGGGUCCAACGCUGACAUGGAUGUUGGUACCGUUGGCCAUCUUUAUGUUGAUCACUGACGCCUUUUGCAAGCCAGAUGCCGGUAGGAAUGACCCGUUACAUGAACUUUGCUCGCGCGUCCCUCGAGGCCAGAUCGUGGCCCAACCUGCUUGCUCUGGCAGCACUGGAUCUCAGCGGCGCAGAUGCGAGGCUACUAUUCCUAUUAUGCAGGCCACAUAAGACCUUAUCCACAACACGACAGAGGGGCGAAGAGAGACGAAGAUCUCUCUAGAGACUGUUACCUAGCGACCUUGGUGGAAUUCUGGUUGGUGUCACGCCUUGCUCUGCCACACUCCUGUUCGAAUCAACUGGCAAUGUGUGAGGGGAGGUUAUGUGGCCCUGGAAUUCCGCUAAUGGGCGCGGGACGGUGCCAAAGCUUCAGGCCGAGACUUGAUUUCUUCUGCGACGGAUGGGUAAAUUCUAAUCGAACCUGCCCUCGAUUCUAAUUGAUCCAUGUUCGACUGGUUUUCCCGGCAGCACAGGCAUACCGAUCACUCGAGGUAGCAUGGACGGCCGCCUCAGCCCUGCGAAUGAGGCAGCGACGUCGAAGCUACUCCUUGUAUGACUUCGGGUAUAGAGCUGAUCCGAGCCGAUCCUGGCAGUCCGACUUGAGUGUGGCUAGGUCCUUUGCUUGAUGAUCAUCAGGUCACGCCAUGCGAAAGCUCGACUUGCACUUAUUUUUUGGUAGAGAUCUUGAUCGGAGGAUGUUGAAACCCUGAGAUGUUCAAGUUUGGAGGUAUAGCCAACGUCCCAUAAAUGAUGUGACUUGACAAAUAGCCUUAUCAAAGCACUCAUUCAGCCCCGUGUUCUCUGGCACAAGAAGCUGACCUCUUUGUUCCAAUGGAUUGAGCACGCAACGCACGAGGCUCGCUGGUAGCCUCGUUUGAGGCGGACGUAGAGAGCCUGUCCCGUUGCUUGGCACGGCAGGUUACAAUAGGGAAUGCCGAUCUGCAGAGGACCGGGGUCGCUUGCUACAGUAUCAACUGGCCCGCUGA